AAAAAUCCCUAAUUAUACCGGUUUUCAUUUUUGACGAACUCGGUCGGCGAUUUUUUCGACUCGUGCGGCGGCGAGGAAAUGGAGAGCGCGGCGGCGAGUCGACUCGGCGGCGCCCUCCGAGCCCGCCGAUUCGACCGAUCCCCGUCGCCCGAACAUUUCUCCUCGGCGAUUGAGCCCACCAACGCCCCCGCUGUUUUUCAUGGCGUUGUAAGGGAUUGGAGGGCGUUCUCGGAGUGGAAUCCCUUAAAUGGAGGCCUCGAUUAUUUGGAGGAAAGAGUAGGAUCUGUGACCGUCGAAGCUAUGAUGUCAGAUUCGACACCAGUGUUCUACGGGGAUUUGAGAAGCCACGAAAGAGUGCCUUUAAAAUUUUCGACCUUUAUCGCCUCGUGCAAAUCGUAUCUUCGAGAAUCGGAUGCUGUUAGUAGUUCUAUGGCAGUGCAAGAAGAAAUCAGUAAAGAAUCAGCCAAUUUGUCAGAACCAUGCUCGACCUCUUUGAGUACUCGCGAUCAAUUUUACAUUGCACAGGUCGCAAUUUCGAAUGAUGAGAACAAACAGAGGUGCCCGCUGCAAACUUUGAGAGAAGAUUUUCUAACGCCUGAAUUUCUGGCAACGAAAUCAUUUUCGUCAAUCAAUUUUUGGAUGAAUAGGGCUCAAUCAAGAUCUAGUACUCACUAUGAUCCACACCAUAACCUUCUUUGCGUAGUUGCUGGCCGUAAAGUAGUUGUUUUAUGGCCACCUUCCGCUUGUCCAUUUUUGUAUCCUAUGCCUGUGUAUGGAGAGGCCUCCAACCAUAGCGCAGUUAACAUAGAGAACCCCGACUAUUCAGUUCAUUAUAGAGCUAAACACUCUCAGGAAUAUUCUGAAAAGAUCAUUCUUGAGCCUGGCGACGCUCUUUUUAUUCCCGAAGGAUGGUUCCACCAAGUGGAUAGUGAUGAUUUGACUAUUGCAGUUAACUUUUGGUGGAAGUCAAGCAUAAUGUCCAACAUGUUGGAACAUAUGGAUGCGUAUUAUCUACGUCGAAUAGUAAGCAGAUUGGUCGACAAGGAAAUGAAUGAAAUGUUGCGCAAAUGUUCAGCUGGGGAACUAGGAGCUCAUCAAUCUGCUGAUGAAUAUUCUAAAGGUUCCAAGGAGGUUAAUACCGCUGACGAGGUGGUAAACCAUGAUGGGACCAAUGAAAACCCUGGACUGCUGCAGCAGCUAGAACCCUAUGCCCUCCAAGUACUUUUUGAACUCAUAUCUCUGGUUCAUGAAGGCGUCAAAGUUGUUGGUCAAGAGACUCAAGACCAUGCUGCCGAGCCCACUACUUCCAAAGAUGAAACAUGCGAACAGAAGGGCGAAUGUGAGCGGAUUGUGGAAGAGAAUUUAUCCCUUCUGGAAAGUGAUCCCAUUGCAAACAUCUUUUUGGAUCUUGAGCCACUAGAAUUUCGCAAAAUCCUGCUGGCUAUGGUGCAUCAUUUUCCGAGGACUGUGGAGGCUCUUGUUCUCCACAUGCUCUCGCCAGUAGGAGCAGAAAUUCUUACUCGGAAGUUUGAUGAGAUGGAUCAACUGACCACAAAAGAGCAGCAGGAUGAGUUUUAUAAGCUAUUCUACAGCAUAUUCGAAGAUCAGUAUGCAGUAAUGGAUGCAAUUCUGAACAAAAAGGAGUUGUUUGCUUUUCAGGCCUUCAGGAAUGUGUUGGAUCAGUAUCUCGGCGCACAUGUCGAUCGACCGAGAUAAUCUAUCAUAAGAAAUGGCUGGAACCAUUGGUUUCUUCUUUUUGGACAAGUUUAACAAAACAAUGGCGACACGCACAUAGGUGUUUCUGAGAUCCGAUUGAUUAGUACUUAAAUGUGAACUUAUGUAGCUCUUUUGAAUCCUGUCAUUUGCUGUGGUUGUUUAUGACCACUGUACUCUCUGUUGUUAAUUCCAACUUUUAUCUGUGCAACUUACUUUGAUUCCUCUUUUCUAAUAGAAAAAUCCAGUAGAUGCUUCACGAUUUCGCUUGUACAA